AGAUCCCGGGCUCCAGGGGUUUCCAGCAGGCUGCAUUAGGCAUGGAGACAUUUCUCUGCCCCUAGAUCUGAUCAGCGGAGGACUACAGCCCCCAGAAUUCCCAUGCAGGGGAACAUCACACACCGCCUGGGGCUGAGGUCAGUCUCCCGCUGGGCUGGCUCUGAUAUGUGAGGGAAAGCUCUGCUGCUGUAUGUUAUUGUGUUAUCCUGCUCUGUGCUGCCAGAGCAGACAUCUCCCCCUCCCCAGCAUCAUUCCCAGAGCCCGCCCCUAGUCCUCAGUCCAUGUUAUUCCCUGUCAUCCUCACACACAGACAGCGGCCGCACUGCAAUGAAUGAGCAUCCAUAGCUGGGAGAGGACUAGGCGUUUCCAGCCGUCCCUCAGGACCAUCACAGAAGGUUACAGGAGACAAAUCUGUGAGUGACACCAGCACCCGGAUUCACCGCCGCCCGUGUCGUCCUCUAGGUCAUUCAGCCAUCGCUGCUGGUGGUGUUCCAGCCCUGGGAUACUGGCUUUGUACCCGAUUCCUGCAUCUCAUGGAAGGAUGCGCAAUGGAUGCCCUGCUAUCUACAGGGAGCUGCUGCCUGGGGAUUACUGCCUCCGCUAAAUCCAGGUCAGAAGAGAGAAGGUGAGGAGGCAUCUGCCAGGGUUCGUAUAUUCCAGAUCUACCCAUGACUACGGCCGCCUGAGGAUAUUUCUGUGUGUUCCUAGGUGUGCUGCCUGGAAUAAUCAAUAUCACUGAGGGGGAGACGUAGGAGGAGAGGCCAUCGUCAAGAUGUGCAGCAAGGGCAAGAGCAGCGAGGCACUCAAGGUGGUGGUAAGAUGCCGCCCUGUCAACAGGAAAGAGGAGGCAGCUGGGUACGACAGGAUAGUGUCCAUGGACGUGAAACUGGGGCAGGUGACCAUCCGGAAUCCCAGGGCAAAUCCUGGGGAGCUCCCAAAGACAUUCACAUUUGAUGCAGUGUACGAUGCCAACUCCAAGCAGGCGGACUUAUACGAUGAGACUGUAAGGCCCCUUAUAGAUUCUGUCUUGCAAGGCUUCAACGGGACCAUGUUUGCCUAUGGACAGACUGGCACUGGCAAGACCUUCACCAUGCAAGGCUUCUGGGCAGAGUUGGAUAAAAGAGGGGUGAUCCCCAAUUGCUUUGACCACAUUUUUACCCAUAUCUCCCGGUCCCAGAACCAGCAAUAUUUGGUGAGGGCGUCUUACCUGGAGAUCUACCAGGAGGAGAUCAGAGACCUUUUGUGCAAGGACCAGUACAAGAAACUAGAACUGAAAGAGAACCCGGACAGCGGGGUCUACAUCAAAGACCUCUCCUCGUUCGUGACCAAGAAUGUGAAGGAAAUUGAACAUGUCAUGAAUUUAGGCAACCAGGCCCGGUCGGUGGCCUGUACCAACAUGAACGAGCACAGUUCUAGGUCUCACACUAUUUUUGUCAUAACAAUAGAGUGCAGUGAGCUGGGUGUGGAUGGGGAGGAACAUAUUCGAGUGGGCAAACUCAACUUGGUGGACUUGGCUGGCAGCGAACGGCAAAGCAAAACAGCGGUGAAUGGGGAGAGGCCCAAAGAGGCCUCAAAAAUCAACUUGUCUCUGUCAGCGCUGGGUAACGUGAUCUCAGCCCUGGUAGAUGGCAGGAGCACCCACAUCCCUUACAGAGACUCCAAACUCACCCGUCUACUGCAGGACUCCCUUGGCGGCAACGCCAAGACCAUCAUGGUUGCCACCCUAGGCCCCGCUUCCCAUCACUAUGACGAGACCUUGUCUACUCUCAGGUUUGCCAACAGGGCUAAGAACAUCAAAAACAAGCCAAGGAUUAACGAGGACCCCAAGGACACUAUGUUGAGGGAAUUCCAGGAAGAGAUCGCCAGGCUGAAAGCCCAGCUGGAGAAACGCGGAAUGCUGAGUAAGAAGCGCAGGAGAAACAGCCGCAGGAAAAAGUCGCUAGACGGCGAGAGCCUUCAGGACACAGAGGCUGAGGAGGAGAACGAUGACAACCUCAUAGAGAAGAACGUAGGGUGUUACCUGAAGGAGCAGGCCGAGAGGCUGCAGCAGGAGAAGGCAGCCAUCCAGGAUGACCACAGUCUGCUCGCAGAGGAGAAACUCAAGCUGAUCGAGGAAAAGGAGAAAAUGAUGGAUGAUCUGACCAAGGAGCAAAAAGCCACCGAGCUGCUGGCUGUAAAAUUUAAGGCGAUGGAGAGCAAGCUUCUGAUUGGUGGAAAGAACAUCAUGGACCACACGAAUGAGCAGCAGAAAAUGUUGGAGAUAAAGAGACAGGAGAUUGCUGAGCAGAAGCGCCGGGAGCGGGAGAUACAGCAGCAGGUGCUCCUGAGGGACGAGGAGACUGUGGAGCUGAGGGGAACCUACACCUCUCUGCAGCAGGAGGUGGAGAUGAAGACCAAGAAGCUGAAAAAGCUCUACGCCAAGCUGCUGGCUGUGAAGGGGGAGAUCCAGGACCAGCAUGACGAGUACGUGCGGGUGAGACAAGACCUAGAGCAGGCGCAGAACGAGCAGACGCGGGAACUGAAAUUCAAGUAUUUGAUCAUUGAAAACUUUAUCCCUCCGGAAGAGAAGAACAAGAUCAUGAACCGGCUUUACUAUGACACUGAGGAGGACCAGUGGAAGUUUCAGCCUCUCGUACCUCCAGGAAACGGAAGCGCCAGCACGAUGAAGAAACGCCCGUCCUCGGCUGUCGGAUACAAGAGGCCCAUCAGCCAGUAUGCUCGGGUUGCCAUGGUGAUGGGCUAUCAUCCCCGGUACCGGGCUGAGAACAUCAUGUUCCUUGAGCUGGACCUGACACCUCCGGCUGUGUUUGAGAUGGACUUCUCUAAGGAUCGGGUUGACCAGGACCCACGAGCUUUGCACCUUGAGCGGCUUACUCGCCUGGACAGUCUGUUGGAGCGCCCGGCUGCCGCGCGGGUCAGGAAGUCCAGGUCUUGGUGUCAGCAGCCUAGACCUCUGCCGUCGUCAACCACCCAUAUCUCCUUGUCCUCGAGCAGCCAAAGGCACCCCCUGUCCCCUACCCACGAGUGACAGCCGGCUUACUUGGCAGCUCCACCCACGCACAUUAACCUUUAUGCCAGGCUUUGCUUCCAACAGAAUGAGGAGUGGACACUGGGAUCUCCCCACUAUCGUUCCUCUGCCUAAUCUCUGCCUGGAGAUGAAACCUCAGCCGUGGAAGAUGUAAAGUCUUUUAUUUAAUGAAUUAACAUAUUUAUUUAUUUAUUAUUUCCGUGGAAAGUCCACGUCUCUGGGGUUUCCAGCACAUUUUAGCUUGGGAUGUUAUCCCAGUGAAUCUGGGCGUUUGCUUGGAGGAGAGAAAAUAGGGAUAUUUUGCCACUUGAUUGAAGUACAACGUUCUGCUACCUGGAUGCAAUCACAAUGGUUUUUUAAGUCACUUUACCUGAUAGAGGACUCACUAUACACUGUACUUAUUGAUCAGGUAAUGCGGCAUUUAAGCCUCUGUUUGUCUUUUAAUUACUCACCGACGUCUCUGCUCACCAGGACUGGUAGUUUGCAUUCUCUUCUCUUGUAGGCUGCGUGGUCCAGCUUAUAUGAGGCACAAAUGAUUCCUGUCUUGAAUUUAUCUGGGGCUUCACACUUCAAACAUCAGUGCCUUAACACAAAGGCUUCACACCCCCACCGCAUGUCUUCUGAUAGAGGCGUUCAGGUACAAGACUUCAGAACUGUGUAAAGAAAAGAUGUCUUUCCCAAUGGACAAGUCUUUCUUCUCCAUCGUGGAACGUUAGUACUGGUUUGAUUUUAGGUCGGGUAGAGAAGAGGUCAGUCCCAACAGAUAAGUCUUUCUUCUCCAUCAUGGAACGCUAUUAUUGUUGAUCACUUUGAAGAAAAGAUGGCAGAGCCCAUGGACAAGGCUUUCUUCUCCAUCAUGGAAAUGUUUUAUGGGUUGAAUAUAGAUGGCAGUCCCCAUGGACAAGUCUUUCUUCUCCAUUAUGGAAAGUUAUUUACUGGUCACACUUGGUCAUCAAGCCUUUGUCCCGAUGGAAUGUUGUCAAUGCAAUUUUUUAUCGGCUCCACUUUCUGUCAUGUGGCACUAGAUCAGUUACCACUGUUGGGUAGUCAAAAGGGUGCAAGGUGGUGGUAUCUCAGUGUUGAAAGUUGAAAACAGAUCUUCUGUCCUUACUAUCAAGAUAUGACCGAUUCACCAAGCGGGAUCAUACAAGGAACAUGGAGACGCCUUCAGGUCAUCGCCAGAACUGGACAUUGCUAUAUAAGGAGGAAGGGACAGCGGAAGUUGCCUAUCCAACAGAAUGCAAUGUUCAAUGUAAAACUAUACCGGCAUGGAGAUACAGAGCUGUACACACAUUCAAAGCAGAAAUGUUUAAACAACUUUAUCCUUUUUUUAUUACUUGAAAUGAAUGGGGUUUUCCGUUGCACUUUGUAUGGUAUAACCACUAGAGGAGGCAGAGUGCACACUGUCCUGGGCAUGUUGUGUUUCCAAGAAAUAUAAUGUUCUGUAGGCUCACGAUGGGACGUCUCCAAUCAUCUGGGGAUUAGUGCGACAUUGUGCAAUAAUCUGACUAUUUCUAUGCAGUAACGAAACCACAGCGGAGCUAGGCAACUCGUGUCUCCCCGACAGUAGUAGGACCACAAGUCCCAGCAUGCUCUGCCAGCUCCCACAAUAGCCGGUGAGCAGCAGGUUGCCUAUCUCAGCUCUAUUGCCCAGUUGUGUAUAUAAAGUACCCAAACCGCUAAUGUCUCCACCAUGUUUCCCAGCCUACACAAGGCUCCUCUUUGGAGAGAUGGUAGACUUGGUUCCGCACCCAUGAAACGCGUGGUGUAUAGUACAUUUUCAUAGCUUAGCUGUUGCAUGUGCCCCUCAUGUAACUAUUCCUCCUGAGCAGUAAAUGACAGGACCACUCACUAUAAAACACAGGCUGCUUCCUACAAACAGCCAACUCAUACUAUUAUCCACAGCAUAAGAACCAAGUCCCAGAUCUGGACAGAAUUAAAUAUGGAAAAAUCAUUUAUCCUGUAUCAGCAGAAUCCCUAUACACAUAGGACACUACUUGCGCACUUUCGGAAGCCACAAUUGUGACGCAGAAACUAGUGCGCAAUAUAUCACAAGGACACAACGUCAUGGACUGGAAACGGUUCUGGGUCUUGUAGGAUGUAUUUCAUAUUGGGUUAGGUUGUGUUUACGGUUUAGUGCAAUACUGUGUGUUGUAAGUUAUCCAAAACCUGUCUUAGGACCGAGCAGUGGACACGAAACAAGCUACAUACCUAUAUAUAAAGGAACAGGCCUUAUACCCCCACCGUCACAGCAUUACCUGGCUGGAGGGUCUCUACACACCGGGUGGUACUGAGCUUAUAAAUAUAUGUGGAAUAAAAAUUAUAUGACAAUGUAAAUGCUUUGGUAUGGAUGACUAAUUAAAGGACUACUAAACCCCAAAA